AUGGCUAAGUAUAGAAAUCAAUUGCCGCGAUUGUCAGGUGAUUUCUUUAUCACAAAUGGUGGUUUGGAAACCAGUUUGAUUUUUCAUGAAAAACGUGAACUGCCAUGUUUUGCCGCAUUUAUUAUCUUGCAAGAUGAAUCUGGAUGUGAUUGGCUAAGAAAUUAUCUGAGUAAGUAUGCUGAUAUUGCUCGACAAUAUAAUAUUGGACUUAUUUUGGAAAAUGUAACAUGGCGUGCUAGCCCUGGUUGGUUGAGCAAACUUGGUUAUGCGGAAGACGAUUUAGUUUAUAUCAAUCAGAAGUCGAUAGAGAUACUGGAUGAUAUCCGGAUGAAAUAUGAAACGGAAAAAUGUCCAAUCGUUUUCAGUGCAUGUAUUGGUCCACGUGCAGAUGGUUACAAACCUGGCGUGCUCAUGUCGUCGGAACAAGCACAAGCCUAUCAUGCAAGACAAAUCGAAAUUUUAAGUAAAACAAAGGCGGAUAUGGUUACGGGAACGACAAUGAAUUAUCCGGAAGAAGCUAUUGGAAUGGCACGUGCUGCAAAGCAAGUUGGAAUGCCCAUUGUCAUUUCAUUUACAAUUGAAAAUGAUGGAAAAUUAGCAACAGGACAAACGUUACAGGAAGCAAUUGAGCUUGUCGAUGCAGCUACUGAUAAGACACCGAUCUAUUAUGUAAUAAAUUGCGCACAUCCCAGUAAUUUUGCACAUAUUUUUCAUUCCAACGAAGAUUGGAGCAGAAGGAUCCAUGGUGUUCGAGGUAAUGCUUCUAAAAAGAGUCACGCUGAACUCGACGAAAGUACAGAACUUGAUGAUGGCAAUCCGCUAGAAUUCGGUGCAGAUAAUCUAGCUCUUUUAUGUAAACUAAAGAAUUUGAACAUAUUUGAUGGAUGUUGUGGAACAGAUUAUCGUCAUAUUGAAGAAAUUUGUAAGACAUGUAUUCCUGUUUUCGAUCAAAUCAGACUUAAUAAACAUUAUUAG